AUGGGGAACACUAUCAUGGUGAGGAGAAACAAAGUGAAAGUUAUGAAGAUCGACGGCGAUAUUUUCCGGCUCAAAACUCCGGUAACAGCGAGUGACGCCACGAAAGAGUAUCCCGGGUUUGCGCUCUUAGACGCCGAGACCGUGAAACGUUUAGGAGUUCGAGCCAAACCGCUGGAGCCGAAUCAUAUCUUAAGGCCGAAUAAAACAUAUUUUCUAGUGGACCUUCCGAUGGUAGAUAAGAAGAAUAAGCUUCCUUACCGGAGAGUUAUGUCCGGUAAUAUUCAUGUUGGAGCCAAGGAGCGUCUUGAGAUGUUAAUGCUUUCUCGGAGAACGGUUUCGGACAUCGGUAUCGCUAGUUCGAACAAUGGAGACGGGCCUGGACCUGGACAGACGAGGGUGACAUUGAAGCUGCCUAGGUCUCAAAUCAAGAAGUUAAUGGGAGAAAGCCAAGAUGUUUCUGAAGUCGCGGCGAAGCUUAUAAGCGUUUAUUUGGAGAGCUCCGGUGAGAUACAAGCCGGAGAUAACAAUGGCUUAGGUCGGAGAAUAAAGAACCAUUACAAAGAGAAGCAUGUAAGGUUUGCAGAUGAAGGAGGUAGAGGAGAGAUCGUUGUUUUAUAUUAA